ACGCUCGGCGGGCGUCGGGACGGCGCGGCGCUCGCCCCCCACGCGGGGCGCCUCCCCCGGCGGCAGGCAGCAGGCAGCGCGCGCUGACACGGCCCUGCCCACGCGUGGGGCGUGGGGGAGCGGCCGCAGGAGGAGAGGGGUUAAGUUAUAUAAGCCCCUCCGGGGAGGGGUGGAGGCAGGGGCGCUGCCGGCGGAGCUGCGGCGGCUCAGGUUGAUUCAGAGUGGGCGACGGCGGCCUGGCGCAGGCCCGCGGCGGAGGAAAAGCGGCUUAUCCCCCCUCCGGGUUGCCAUGGAGACGGGCGGGCGGCGGCGGCGGCGGCGGGGCUGUCAGUGAGGGAUCGCACCGGGCACCGGGGCGGCGGCGGCGGCGGAGGGGAGGCCGCGGCGGCGGCAGCGGCGGCGGCGGCAGCGGCAGACAUGGACUCGCACUGCGACUGUGCCGAGCCUCCGGCCGCCGAGCAGCCGUCGGGGAAGAUUAACAAAACCGCCUUCAAACUGUUCAAGAGGAGGAAAUCCGGGGGCACCAUGCCGAGCAUCUUCGGGGUGAGGAGCAAAGGCGGGGAGGGGAAGGGCGCCAGCAAAGCGGGGAUGGUGCGGAGUCGGACGCACGACGGCUUGGCCGACGCCGUGCUGGAGAGCAGCAAGAAGGAGGAACCGGGCGGCGGCGACCCGCAGAGCAAGGAGGCGCAGGGCCGGCCGGCCGGCAGCCUCGGCGUCUCCGCCGGCAGCUCGGUGGCCAAGUCUCACAGCUUCUUCUCCCUGCUGCGGAAAAACGGCAGGCCGGAGAACGGCAAGGCGGAGAGCGCGGAUCAGCGGGCUGGCGGCAGACAAAAGAAGGGGCUGAAAGGGAUCUUCAGCAGCAUGCGAUGGCAUAAAAAGGACAAAAAUGGCAAGGAGGAGAGGGGGGAAACCUCGGAGAUCCAGUCCGGGCUUAUUAUGCCGGGGUCUCUGACUGCCAGCCUGGAGUGCAUCAAAGAGGAGACGCCAAAACCUUUGUCUGAAACUCCCAACAGCGCAGGAGACAUCGGGCUGGAAUCGCCGCGGGAGAAGCGCAGCGGCGAGGCGCACGCCUUGGCCGAGAAGCCCGAAGCGGGAGGUGGGGAGCCUCGGGACAGCAGCCCCCCGCCCCGGGAGGACCCUGCCGCUGCUGGAAGGCGACCCGAGGAGCUCAGCCACGAGCGACUGGACCCGGGCGCCGGAGAGGUUGGGACUGCGAAGGAUGCGGCCAUAACAGGCUGCGGAGAUAUUAUUGCGGACCAUGAGGAGGAUGUGGGCAGCGGGAGUGGCGGCCGCGAGAAGAGCACCCCCGGGGCUGGCAAGCUGGGUGCCUCCAAGAAGCACCCCACCAUGGUGGCCUACCAGGGAGGAGGGGAGGAGAUGGCCAGCCCAGACCAGGUGGACGACACCUACCUGCAGGAGUUCUGGGAUAUGCUGUCGCAGACGGAGGAGACCCAGACAGAAGGAGGAGGAGGGAUAAAGAAGCCCGAGGGGUUGAAGGAGAACCGAGGUACCGAGGGGGCCCAGAACAGGGCGGCGGUGAAACGUGGUGGCCUCCACCAAAUCCCCAUUCACCUCAACCACAAAGAGGAGCAGAAGGGCAGGGAGAAGGAGCAGCAUGAAGGAGUCCCAAACAGCGACGAGGGCUACUGGGAUUCCACCACCCCUGGUCCUGAGGAAGAUAGUUCCACGAGCAUCCAGAAGGAGACCAUUCCUAGGGACAGCUACAGCGGGGAUGCUCUCUAUGACCUCUACACUGAGCCAGAUGAGAACCCACCAGCGGGGCCUGCAGAUGAAGAGGUCACCUGCGUGCCACGCUCCAAGCCUGUGUCUCCAGUAACGACCACAUACUCACUGAAAACACCCUCAAGCACAGUGAAGGACUCCAAGAUACCCAUCAGCAUUAAACACCUUUCGUCGCAUCCUGCCAGCCAUGGAGCAGACGCCAGUAACAGCCAUCACGUCGCACACCAUCACCUGGCCAAAAGCGAGAUGCACAGAACAAAAAUCCCUGUCUCUAAAGUGCUGGUACGCCGUGUCAGUAACAGGGGCUUAGCAGGGACAACGGUGAAAGCUGCCAUGUACCAGGACAGUGCCAAAAAGUAGUUGAAUAAGAGGUGGAGACAAAGACGGACAGCAGGGUCAGUAUGCGAAAGGAGACCACAGAUAAUGAAUUAGUUUUGCAUCACCUGAAGAAAGGCACCUGAAAGGCUUACUUCACUGUACUCUAUGGGCCUGCACUUCUGAAUCCCUUCUUACUAGACUGUAUGGUGAAUAUAGAAAGUCGACUUCUUUUUGAGCACUUUUUUUUUACAUUUGUACCUUUUUUCUGCAGCACUAAACACUGGGGAGGUUCAUUUUUACAUGCCUUUUUGGAAGCAGGACUUGGAUCAUGAACCUAAAUGAGCAUCCUUCCUCAUGCAAAGCAGUGCCAUGAGUUCUUCAAGGGAACAGAGUUACAAAAGGAGCGACAUGAGAGGUUCUCCAAUACACUUAUCUUCUAAUCAUUUCUGGGGGAGGAGUGGAGGGUGGGUGUCUGGCUCCGAAAAUGCUGUUUGCUCUGCAAGAUGUUGGAAAAAAAACCAAGCAAAAAACAACCAACCUAACAGGUAUUUUACCUGCCGUAGGAACGAGAGCACUGCUCAGCAGGAGACUUGAUUGACUUGUGUGCAGUAGCUAACUAAGGAGUUAGGUGGACUUGUCUAACAGGAAAACAUAUGUUUGUUUGUCUGCCUGUCUGUCUGGUUGGUUUUGAUCUGGUCUAAUGUAAAUGGGUAACGGAGACACCUGGCAUAGGUUCAGGUGUUUACAUCAAUACUUGUCCGAUAAUGCAUACAAUCAGGUUCAGGGAAACAUUUUACUAACUGCCAAUAUAUACACACAGUUCACAUUUAUACAAUAACUUGCUUGCCAUGUGUAAAUAUAUACAUAUUUUAGCAGAUUUACUCAAUGCUACAGAUUUUUUAUAAAAAAAAAAAAAUCACCUGUCUGUAUUAUCUAAAGUUUAAGCAAGAGUUAGUUUUUAUAGGUAGAUAAUUUUAGAGUUCUAAAAUGAUAGAACUUUGUGUAAGUACCUUAAAUUAGAGCAAAACUCUGUUUUGUAUGGGCUCAUGCAUCCCCAGAUAAGUAAGUCUGAAGUGCUGAUUUUAUUCCGGUGGCACAUUCCGUGUGUCAGAGCUGAGGUUCUGACAGCAUUGCCACUGCAAACCCCUAUUUUCAGGGGUUUAGACAAAGUUGCUCUGGGCUUAAACCUUACAGAGAAGGAACCCAGGAAAGAAACAUGUUUUUUAAUUAUUAUUUUUUAAAAUAUAUAAAAUUAGUUUUUGACUAUUUAAAGAAAGUUUGGGUUCUUGUUGCUUUUUAUUUUCAUUCUUAAUAACGUCAGAAUAAUUUUACUUUAAGAGAGAAAUAUGGUAAGCUAGUGGUACAUAAAAUGGUCUGAUGAGCUUGGAUCUUAUGAGAUUAUGUAUUAAUGGCCAGGACAUUUUUGAAUAGUGGCUACUGUACAUGGGCAUUGACAACAUUUCAAAGAAAUUUAAUAGGGUUUUAAUGUGCCUGAGGACAUAUUUUUAUGAUACACUGAAAAAGCUCCAAAAAAUCACUGAAGUCUAAAGGUAUAUGUUAUGUAUUUACAAAAUAUUUUGGUAUAAGUAUUUAAUCAUCAGACCACAGUUAAUAUAAAAUAUAUGCUCCAGUGUAUCUGAAAAAUAAUAUACAUUUUGAAAAUAUACAUGUCUAUAUUAUGCAGAGAAUCCUAAAUUCACAUCACGGAAGCUAAUGGGUCUGAUCUUACAUAGCAGUUGGUUUUAUUGUCUCUUAAAUUGAAAGAAAAAAGGAAAAUAAAUAUACAGAAUAUACAUUUGAAGGAUAUUAAGGUUAUAGAUAAACCAUAAAAAGCCAGGAGAUUCAAUAAUAAGAAUUGUAUAUAUGUAUAAUACGUGUCGUUCACCGGGGAAAUGACCUUACAGUCACAAGGGUAAAAUUGGCAUCUAGUUCUGAAAUUACUGCAGGAUUUAAUACCGAACUGCAACGCCCCAGUGAAUAGGGAGAAAGUGUUAGUUUUCCUGAUCAGUCCCUGUUUUCAUGGUUUGCAUAAGAACCUUAAUACACUUCAAAGAAGAUUAUUUUAUAUGUUUCAUUUCUAACAUAUAUGUGUGUGGUUUUCUACAUGCUUGCUCACAGAGACGUGUUGUACAUAUGCAUGUGUAGUCAGAACGUACCUCCUCCUAGAGUCCACGCAGCCGGGCGAAGGUGCACACCCGUGCACACUCGCACUUGUGAACACGGCCGUGUGCGCGUGCUCCCACGUACAGGCUGAGGGGAUGUGCUGUAGAUCUGGCGGUGAUUUCCUUUGCCUGAGAAAGGGAUUUGCAUUUGGCCUGACUCUGCUUGUGCAUUUUAGAAAGUUAAAGCUGAAAUACCCUCAAAAGGAUGAAUGUAUAGAACAUGGAAUAUUAUCCUGGUCCUCAGCCCUAAACAUAACAUUCCUUUUUGUGUUCUUUUGUUUUCAUUUGAUUGUAAGGGACACAUCUUUCCUUGCAUGACAGCUCUGCAGGAAAAUCAUAGUUCCCCAUUUUUGUUGUAAGGACAAAUUGUGCAGAGAGAUUCUAUAGGGUACUGGAAGUUGAGAGGGAGGGAGGAUGUGGUGAGCUUGGGGCAGUACCAUAAAAACUGGAAGUAGUGAGUACAGGUAGUAGGAGUAAGCCACUAGAAGAUGUCAGCUACCAUCUCUAUAGGACUCGUGUGGCCAAUUAUUCAUCAUACGCGUUUUGUUUGCAUUGUGGCAUGUCUGUAUUGAGAAACCAAUAGCGUGACGUUAGACUAGCUCCCUCUCACGUAAUGACUAACACGAAUCAUCAUUAAAAUGCUUUGGCUUCCCUUCAUUUUUCUCUCUCUCCUUUGUUUUCUGCCCCGUUUUUCCUCCGUCCUCUGCAUGCUGGUGGGCUCUCCCUCCUCGGUGCUAACCCCCGGUGCGGAGCGGGGAGCCCCGGGCCGGCAGCCGAGCGCGGGUUGGGAGGGUGGCCGCGCUGCCUGCUGAGGCCAGGUGCUCCCCGGUCACUCUCUCGAGCUUUCUAUCGCAUACCCAGCGUAAGUACAUUUUGCAAAUCUCUUGGUGGUUCGUUUGGCUGCUUGCUAUGUACAUAUUUUAAGGACAAUCAUAUCCUUAAAAGGAAAAUGGGAAAGUAGCUUGUAGUAGGGCGUCAGUAUUUUGAAUCAUUGCGACAUACUGACGUUGAUUCAGGGUAAUGGUUGUGUGAGAGUAAAAAUACAAUUUAAUGCUCAAAUUAACUUUGUAUUUAUAAAACUCACUUUCGUCUUUAAGCCAUCUAUGUUUUUUAUUUCGAAAGGUAACAGAAUAUUUAAUAUUUACUAGGGCUUUCAAUUUUCAUAGAAAUAUAUUUGUAUAACUCCACACAAUGCCUAAAACAAUCAUUGGAAGGAGGUUCAAAGGCUUUCUUUAGACCUAUAUUUAAUUCCUUAAAGAUCCCUGUAAAAUACUGUGAGAUGCCUAAGAACAAACAGUUAAUGGCUUGCUGGAUUUAAAGGCUGAGACAGAAAGAGGUAAUAGUCCUGAGGCAUUCUGUGGGGGUUUGCAUUCUUAUUUAUGUUACCCUGUUCCAGCAUAUAUUUUCCUUGGCUUUGGUAGGUGUCAAGGUAGAAAUGGUGUUCUGAGUCCCAAAGGUAACAUUCCCAAUGCUGUCAUCAUUUUGAUUUUCUUAAAGAAUACUUUUCUUUCGUUGUUUUAUUUGUUAUUUUGUGGUCUGAAUGAUGCUCUGUAAUUACCAGCUUGUAUGUCGUUCAUAAAGGAUUUUAUAGGUCAGGACUUGGCAUUUAGUUAUGUGUACUCUUUGUGCUUUCAGGUCACUACUGGUAAAUUUUGUAUGUUCUUAGGCUAUUUCUAUAUAUUGCGUAGUGUUUUAUAGCUAUCUACAGUGAUUUCAGUGGUAUACAUUCCUGUCCUAUAUAUCAGCACAAAAGAUUUCCUUUCGGUAGCAUGAAGUGAUGUUUUUGUGGACUCCUUUUGUCAUGAUAGGAGUUAAGUUUCCUGUACUAUAUGUGUGGCCUGCAACAGACAUAAAGGGACUUAUUUUCUCUGUAGUGCGUAUGCAUUUUGCUCUUGCCAGUAAUAGGACUCAAACACACGUAGUAGAUUUCAGAAGAAAUUCCAUGACUAGAAUAAGAAAAAUCUAUGUUCAGUCUUACUCCAUCAAUCACCAGCAUUUUCUUCAUCCACUGUGAAUAUCCUCACCGCCAUUCAGGGUAGUAGAGGACUGAAUUUUAAAAAUUACAUAGAUGUACACUAUGAAAAUUAAUUCACUGAUUAUUUUUUAAUGAAUCUUACUCAAUUAUUUAUCUAAGCUAAGUGAAUAUUGCACCAAAGUCUUCAAAACGUCUGAUACAGAUGGCAUUUUCAGUAAGAUGCUAUAAGUGCGGAUGAGCCAAAUUAACAGGCUUUGCUUAGCAAAGCAAAACCUUGUUGUUUCUUAAUUUUGUAGUACUGACUGAGCUUGCAGAUCAAAGGGAGCCAUUGAUUCUGCUACAUGGCCAUGCUCGGAGGUUUUUUUUUCCCUGCUCUAAUGGACUACUUUCAGAAAAGGCUUUUCAGCAAGAUAAUGGUAUGAAAGAGACAGUUCACAGUAACAAUAGCCACUUACAAGGCAGAUGGUUAUCUAACAGCCACAAUGGGGGACUCUAAGCAAGGUGGCCUGAAAAUUUAUUUUCAUGGUUAUUGAUAUGAAAGGCUGAGGCUUCUGUCUUGAAAAACAAAUUGACACCGGCUCAGAGAUGCUGCAGAAAUGAGUCUUGGCAGAGUUUACAUGUGACAGCUUCUGCAGGGUUUGUUGCUUGGGGUUUUUUUUAUUAUUUUGGCUGGUUUUUUGUUGUUUUUUUUCUUUUGCUUUGUUUAUGUUUUCAUUGCGAUGACAUAACCCCACGUGUCCGAGCGGAAUUGCACAGCAACUGACUUUUCUGAGAUUCAAUGUUGAGAACACACUGUCAGUUUUCUUCAGUGGCCUGGGACUGGUUCCCGCUGAACAUCCCUCCCUUCCACUGAGGGAUGGGAGGGAUGGGAUGACGGGAUUCCCUUGUCAUGAGUCCAUGUGCUGUUUACGGUGAGCAGGAGGUAUCUGAAUCAGUCUUGCUGUUUGUGUUCAGGGGACAGUUUAUUUUCAAUUUGAUUCACAGGCAUUUUUUAGCUCAUCAUUAGCUCACAUCUUGUCUUCCUUGUGAGCAUCUCAGCUGGGAAUGGUCAGCAUUGAUUUGGUGUAUCCUAGGUCCAUUUCAUGUAGAGAGAAAUGCAAGAAUUUGUCAUAUGCAAAGGAAUAAGUGCUAUAACCACUCGAGCCACAUCCUGGGGGCCUUUAUUCCUGCAAAAGCAGGUUGGUAAAGCUCUUCUUGCCUUAGAGGGCUUCUCCAUCCAAAACAGUGAGUACUAUUCCCUGGGACCCCCCUUUUUUUUUCUCUCUGUCUCUCAUUCCCUCUCAGCCAUAUUGCAGUUGCUUGGGAAACAGAUUUUUGAUCUAGCCUUCCAGGACUAGAAAGAGAAGCUGCUGCCAGUGUGUUCUUCAGGAGGUCUUUGCUCCUACUUCUUGGCCUUGAAAAAAUCAAUUCACCUUCAGAGCAAGCGGCAAAGAUACUUAAAAUGGAGAUCUCCGCUGUGUGAUCUCAUACAUGUGGGCGAGGAUGUUGAGUGAUAUUUUGCAUGGAGUGGAAUGUAUCCCUCCAAUUUCCUGUUGUGGACAAUUUAGCAAAUCUGGCAGGGAAGUAUGUCACCCUUGUAGGAAGGCCCAGAAGCUGUUUGUUAUGGAGACUGUGCCCAGAUUAUCUUUGGUAGGAACGGCUUUUCUUUUUCCUUUCUGUACAUACUUAAACAACUAGAACCAAAGUUGUAAUGGAGAGAGGAAAAGGUUAUGUAUUUGACAGGGCGAGCAGUUUAAACUGCUAGGCUGAAAGGCUUCUUGUAGCAAUGGCUGAAAGAAGAAGAUUGCUUUGCCUACUUUAACAUUGCAUCCAAGCAAUGCUCUGCAAUAGAAGCUAAUCCAGCUAUGGCCACAAAGUUAGAAAACUGGCAUUUGCCAACAUGACAAUCUCUUUCCAAGGUCCAGUUCUGCUGUUGCAAAGCUUCCACUGACACCGGUAAGAACUGGCAAAGGACCUUAAUCUCUUAAAUUUAAGGAAAUAGGAAGUGUUUCUUGAAUAAGUCUUCCCUUUUUUUCAAAGAUUAACAUUAUUCAGGUGAUUGUGCAGUCUUUUAUAUUACUGUAGUAGUAUGUUCACUGAUCUGAAUGCAAAACAUGUCUUUCCAUUGUUUUUCCAUCUUAACAAGCAGCCACUCCCGCACAUAACUCCAGUGCUCAGCAUGUCUAAAUUACAGCUAACACAAUCACUGCCUUCCUUAAUUUAACUUGUGGUGGCAAAAGCAGGACCAGAUCCUUUCCAGAGUGCUAAAACCCCUGCUUAUUGUGUCAUUUUUCAUGUUUUUUGAUAUGGUAACUAAUGAUGCCCUCCUUUAAUUAUUGCACAGCCACAUUUUAAAUCCAUUUUUAGGGAAGAACAGUAUGUAGGGACUGAAUGGUAAGAUCUUCAACAGAUUUUUAUUAUUUUGGAUGAUCUUGCAUCAAAACAGUUGCUAUUUCAGUAUCAGGUUGUUUCCAUGGGCUUUUUAUGCAGAUGCAUUCGAAGCUUUGAACAUAAUGUGCUCGUAAAAGAAAAUUGGCUACAUCUGCUUUGAAUUAAUCCUGACCUUAAAAUGUAAAAGCUACACAUCUGGUGAUGUUUCUUGGUUAAUGGCAGCAAAGGGGAAGGUCUGCCCCAACUCACCUGUGCCCCAUGGACUGGGGGAGCAAGGCACUGUCACCAGGAGAAUUGGGUGUCUGACCCUGCCAUGUGGUCCUGGCAGAGGGGUGUGGGGUGUCACCAUGUGGAGGUGUCUGCCAGAUUGGACAGCAGCAGGAAAAGCCAGGGUGGUGGUGGUGCUGUGCUGGGGUGGGAGGGUUGAUAGAGUGACUGGGAGAUGGGGUGAAAGCAAGGGCUGGACCUCCUUUCCUUGUGGAAAAAGAGAGUUAAACAUACACCUAUAAAACCUGGCUCACGUUUGUCUUGCUCGGAUUGCUCACACUGAGCCAGACUGUGUGAGUCUGGGGGUGCUGAAGCCAGUGCUCCUGCCGGUGGACUGCGGUGUGACUGCUCUCAUCAACACCUGAGCAGUGCCUUUCGUUUCUGAAGGCACUUUUAGCACAGAGACUUCACAAAUCCCCUGUAGCCCAGCACCGGCCUGUGGCAUCUCACUGCUCUUCCAUCCUCAUUUUGCCAGGGGGAUGCAAAGACCCAAGCCCUUGGCAGGGUGGUGAGCACUGGCUGCACCCUUGCAGCCCAAGCGCAACUGGGGAGAGAGUGUGAGACACGCCGUGCGGCAGCAGCACCAAGUCCUAGGUAGAGUGGGAGUAACUUUCUGGGAGUAACGUGCCUUGAUAUAAGCAAUGUUAUCCUGCUUUUCAAAAGAGCAAGCAAGAUUAAAGCUGUUGCUUUUGUGUAAAAUUGAAGUAAAUCCUCUGCCAUGGGACAGAUUGCAACAGCUGGGCAAUAUCUCGGUCCACCAGUAUUCCCUCUGAAAUCAGUGGAUCUGUUAGCGGUGUCAAUUGUUAUUGAGUGAAGAUCCCAUAAUUUGGCCCCAUCUGAAUUUUCCUUGCUGUGUUUGUCAGCAGAGUCUGUCUCAGAAAAGCUCUAGUGUGGAGGCUUGUGGCCCUGUUGAAAUGGGGGAUGAGGUAUGAAUGUGGUUGGUGGAAAAUGGAGCCUCAGUACGUCCAGAAAACACAGCGCGGCUUCAGUCUUUUAUCGCAGCCCAACUCUGCUUAAAUACCGUGGUGUUGCUGAGGAAAACGUAGCAGGGACUGCUCCACACUGCAUCCGUCAGACCGAUGCUCUUGGGGUUUCCUACGUGCUGAAAGGGACAGAUGUGUCCUGUUAGAAGUCGCUUGACCUGUUUCUAUAAGACGUGUUAUAGCUGACAGAUCACUGUUAAUUACAGUUUUCCCUUGUAUUUUUUGUGCCAGCCACCUCCAGUAAGGUAGCAUAUGACCUAUUCAAGAUAACAAGUGAGUAAAGCCAGAACUUCCCGCUCUUCUUAUCUAAAUGGGUUGCUGAUAAUCUGGCGAGUCUGUGUGCACCAACUUUUUCUGAGUGAAAGCUCACAACAGUCCAGGGGGUGUUUUUAUAACAGACUGUUAGACACACUUUGCUCCUUUCCACUUCUACAAGCUUGGAUGAGUAUGUGUCUCCUCGAAUCACUGUAUUCUUAACGUAUUUACAACCUAACUGAUAGCAAUAGAUAUCUUUCUUCCCUGGCAGUUCACAAGGAUAUACUAAUCAGUGUUUAUUAUAUUUUUAAUUCUGUAAAUAUUUAUUUUGGUACUCUGUGUAUUUAUUGGCACUGAUUCUGGUGUUUGCUUAUGUGUCAUUGUAAAUGUUGAUGGUUUCAAUAGUCUUGCUUCUAAUGAAUGUAAGGAACUCACACUAACUGCACUUUUCUUCCAUUCAAAAAUCUUACAGUGAAAAAUAUUCCCACUGUCAUAUUAUGUGUUAUAAUGAAUACAGUUAAUAAAAUCAGU